CGCCCGCCCGCGCGCCCGGCCAGCGGCAUGCCCUGAGCGCCCGAUGAGCACCUCGGGGCGUCCGGGCGACGGCGGGCGCCAUGGAGCUCAAGGUCUGGGUGGACGGAGUACAGAGGAUUGUGUGUGGCGUCACCGAGGUCACCACCUGCCAGGAGGUCGUGAUCGCUUUGGCUCAGGCCAUCGGUCGGACCGGGCGGUACACGCUCAUUGAGAAAUGGAGAGACACCGAGAGGCACCUAGCCCCCCACGAGAACCCCAUCAUCUCCUUGAACAAAUGGGGCCAGUACGCCAGCGACGUCCAGCUCAUCCUGCGCCGCACGGGGCCCUCCCUCAGCGAGCGGCCCACCUCCGACAGCGGGGCCCGCACCCCCGAGAGGACUUUGCACCGCCAGAGUCUGCCGCCCUUGGCCAAGCUGCGGCCCCAGGCGGACAAGUCCCUCCGGAGGAGAGAGCCGAAGAGGAAGUCCCUCACGUUCACCGGCGGGGCCAAAGGACUGAUGGAUAUUUUUGGGAAAGGGAAGGAGACGGAGUUCAAGCAGAAGGUGCUGAAUAACUGCAAGACCACCGCGGAGGAGCUCCGGAAGCUGGUCCGGCUGCAGACGGAGAAGCUGCAGUCCAUCGAGAAGGAGCUGGAGUCCAGCGACCUGGAAAUCCGCUUCUGGGAGCAGAAGCACAGCUCGAACCUGGAGGAGGAGAUCGUCCGCCUGGAGCAGAAGAUCAAAAGGAACGACGUGGAGAUCGAGGAGGAGGAGUUCUGGGAGAACGAGCUGCAGAUCGAGCAGGAGAACGAGAAGCAGCUGAUGGACCAGCUGCAGGAGAUCCGGCAGAAGGUCACGGAGUGCGAGCGCCGGCUCCGGGACUACGGGGCGCAGAUCCAGGCCAUGGAGGGCGGGCUGGAGGCCGAGAAGCUGCAGCGGGAGGGCCGGGAGGCGCAGGUGGACGAGGCCGAGGUGCGCGGGAGGAUCGGCAAGGUCAAGGGCGAGAUCAGCGCGCAGGGCCAGCAGAGCCUCCGCCUGGAGAACGGCAUCCGCGCCGUGGAGCGGUCGCUGGGGCAGGCCGCCAAGCGGCUGCAGGACAAGGAGCAGGAGCUGGAGCAGCUGACCAGAGAGCUCCGGCAGGUCAACCUGCAGCAGUUCAUCCAGCAGACGGGGACGAAGGUGACCGUCCUGCCCGCGGAGCCCUCGGAGGGGGACGCGCCCCACGCCGACCUGCAGCGGGAGGCCCCGUUCCAGUCGGGCUCCCUGAAGCGGCCUGGGACGUGGCGGCAGCUCCCCAGCGACCUGCGUCUGCUGCAGAGCCCGGCGUCGGCCGGCUUCAACCCCGAGGGCAUCUACGUGUAGUGCCACCUCACCCGCCCGC